GUAGUACACUCGACACCGUACAAGUAUUCAACGUCUGAAGUACUGAACAGAACUACCUAUAGAGUUUAUUGACGUCAGACGUGUUAGACAUACGUGUAUAAACUUAAUUUUAGUACAUUUAUUUUUAAUAUUAUUAAAUUAAAAUUUAAUUAAUUUUUGUUUUUUUUUUUUUUUUAAAAAAAAAACAAUAUGAGAUCAAUAAUACUUAGAAGUCAAUUAAAGGCAAGUUUGUUCGUGAAUGGAUUUAAUAAUUUUACAAAUCGUAGUAAUAAUUAUAAAUUGAGAAGAAAUCAUACUAAUGCUCCGAGUCCGUUAUCUAUUUUGAGCGAAGAUGAACAAUUUUUUAAGGAAACGGUUAGAAAAUUUUCUCAAGAUCAAAUUGCACCAUUAAUAAAAAAAAUGGACAAAGAACAUAAAAUUGACGAUGAACUUGUGAAAAAAUUAUUCGAAAAUGGCUUCAUGGCUAUUGAAAUAGAUCAAGAGUAUGGUGGAUCUGGAUCGUCAUUUAUGUCUAGCACUUUAACAGUGGAAGAAAUAGCCAAAGUUGAUCCCUCGGUUUCAGUAUUAGUUGACCUACAGAAUACCUUAGGAAAUAAUCUUUUAUUAAAAGUUGGUAAUAAAGAACAAAAAGAGAAGUAUUUACCUCGGUUGGCACAAAACACUGUAAGCAGUUUUUGUUUAUCGGAGCCUUCAUCAGGAUCAGAUGCAUUUGCCUUAAAAACCACAGCAAAAAAAGAUGGAGACCACUAUUAUAUAAAUGGAACAAAGAUGUGGAUUUCAAAUUCUGAUAUAGCAGGCAUUUUUUAUGUUUUUGCCAACACUGAUCCUUCCAAGGGUCAUAAAGGUGUUACAUGCUUUAUUGUAGAACGAGAUCAAGAAGGAUUUACAGUUGCUAAGAAAGAAGAUAAGCUAGGCAUGAGAGCAUCUGGCACAUGUGUGCUCCAUUUUGAUAAUGUCAAAGUACAUAAAGAUAAUAUUGUCGGUGAAAUUGGUGAAGGUUAUAAAAUUGCAAUAACUUACCUUAAUGAAGGAAGGAUAGGAAUAGGAGCGCAAAUGGUAGGUAUAGCACAAGGAUGUUUGGACCACACAAUACCAUAUACAUUGGAAAGAAAACAAUUUGGUUCAAGAAUUUUCGAUUUCCAAUCUAUGCAACAUCAAAUUGCUAGAGCAGUGACUGAAGUUGAAACAGCUAGGCUAAUGGUGUACAAUACUGCAAGAUUAGUUGAAGCAGGUUUACCUUAUAUUAAAGAAGCAGCAAUGGCUAAAUAUUACGCUUCAGAAGUUGCCGGUAAAGUUACAUCAGUAUGCAUUGACUGGAUGGGUGGAGUUGGUUUUACUACAGAUUUCCCACAGGAAAAAUUUUAUAGAGAUUGUAAAGUUGGGCCAAUUUAUGAAGGAACAACAAACAUGCAACUAAGCACUAUUGCCAAGUUUAUUAAAAAAGAAUAUGAACAAUAAUUAUUUUUCAGUUUUUUUUA